GAAAGUCUUAUCAUAAUACACUGGGCUCUCCUAGAAAUUUAGCCAUAACAUCACUCUCUACCUUUCUAUCCCAUUCCUGGUCUUAUCAUCAUGGUCAGGAAAGACUGGAUUCUUCCAGCAUUUAUUGCCACCCAGAGUGUCAUUGCAACGAUUGGUUACGAUCACCUGCUAUUCGUCAACCUCGUUAGCCGUCAGGACCCUGGCUCAGCCGCAUAUAGCUGUCACGAAGAUUGUGGCGGAGCUAUCACGCAAGCCCGAACUAGCGAGGAUGUCUGCCAUGACAAUGUCUUUUUAGACGACUACAAUAACUGUCUGAAGUGCGCCGGGCCGGAAAAUGAAAAUAUCUGGAAGUAUUAUGGUGAGACGUUAUCGAGUAUCGGCGAGAGUUGUGGUCUACUAGCUUCGCCCGAGGGUAGUAAACCGGGCGGCGCUGAGACAACCAGCACGGAAUUAGUAGAAGCUCCGGUAUCAUCAGUCGAGGCUACCAUCAUCACUACUUCUGUACAAUCGAAGACAACCUCCAGUGAAUUUAGUUCGACUUCGGUGGUGUCAUCCAUUACUGAUAACGGAACAGCUAUUCCAACUGGGGUAGCUCAGGCUCCUCCUAACGCUGGUAAUGCUCUUUCAGAGAAUAUUUACACUUUGUAUAGUUCUCUAUUGUUGGGGGCAUUAUAUAUAAUCAUUCCUUAACAGUCUAUGUUCAUUAAUGAAGCAUGAUGGUCGCCACCACAGCCGUUUCAGAGGCAUCAGCUUCAUCACCGGGCUCGAAGACAGACGGCACUUCACAAUUCAAAUGGCUUGAUUGCGGAGAUUAGCUAGAUGACUUAAAUAACAAAGCGUGUGUAUUAAAUAUGUAGUUCAAGCAGAGCUGCCUUUAGGUCUACUUUAUCUGUUCUCGCU